AUAGAACCUAAUUUGCAUGUUCUCAAACAGCUGGGAGUUGGCUUCGAAGUGCGACUUACCUUUUCAAAUCCUUCGUUUUGUAGUAUUUUUUGAAGCUUUCAAAGAAUACAUCGACUGAAAUUGAGAUGGCGCUUAGCUGUGGAAUGCAAUGUAUGAAAUAUCUCCUUUUUGCCUUCAAUUUGGUAUUCUGGAUCGCGGGAAUAACGGUGAUGUCCGUAGGGAUAUGGACACGAGUAAGUGCCUCAGAGUACGCGUCCUUGAUGGGCGAAUCUGGUUUCCAGGCCGCUGCGAACAUCAUGAUAGCUGCCGGUGCUUUGGUAAUGUUCAUUGGAUUUGUUGGAUGCUGUGGAGCUAUCAAGGAAAACAAAUGCUUUUUGUUACUGUAUUUCUUCCUGUUGUUAAUGAUUUUCAUCCUGGAGAUCGCGGCUGGAAUUCUUGCAUACGUCAAGCGUGAUAAGGUUAUCUCUACCGUUGAGAAGGCAAUGAACACUUCUGUGGCCGUAGAAUAUGGAAAAAGCGAUAAGAUCACCAAGGCUGUCGAUCAUGCCCAGGAAAUGUUGAAAUGUUGCGGGGCAAAAGGACCAAAGGACUGGGAUACAUCUGACUGGAAAAAGAAAAGCAAUAAUGGAACAGUCCCUCAAUCGUGUUGUAAAACGCCCAAAUCUGGAUGCAAUAAAGGUGCCAUUGGAUCAGGAGACUACAACACAGAGGGAUGUGCUCAAGCAUUAAAAGACUUCAUCAAAGGUCACAUGAAAACACUGGGUGGUAUUGGUGUCGGCAUUGCUAUUAUCCAGAUUCUUGGGAUGAUCUUCUCAUUAUGCCUGUUCAGAUCAAUUGGUUACGAAAAGAUAUAAACUUAGCUUUACUAACUCAAAUUAUGUUUAUAUUAAUAGAGUUUAUUUCGAUAAAGACAUGAAAGUGAGGCUCAGGGGUAUAUUUUUAAUGAGUAUAAAUUCUAGGUUUGCAGCAAUUUGUUUAAGAGGAAUCUGUCGAACAAAGAAAGGAAGACAAUGAUAGUGCAUGGCAAAGAAAGACUUCUAGUCUGACUGGUUAUACCUUUUGUUAGACCUGUCACUCUUUUGAAUAUGAAUGCAAACCUAGAAUUAAAUGAUCCAUGUUAAGAAAACGCAUAUAAACUAUGCUUUCGGAAUUUCAUUGUUUAUAAUUAAAUYAAAAUCAUUUUCCACCCUUUAGCCUCUCUUCAAUGUAAGGGGGUAAUCAAAGAAGUAAGAUUGAUGUUGUGUUAAGGGAGGGGUGGGAAGGGUUGAUUUCGUAUGACACUGGUGAUGGGAAAGAUUUUAUCAUCCAGACGUUUGAAAGAGUUGCACUUCAUAGGUAUUAAUAAUUCAAAUUAUUAAUAAUUGUAUUAACAAUUCAUAUUAUUGAUAAUUGACAUUAUGAUUGCAGAUAUAUAUGCCUAUAUAUUUAAUAAUUUAAUAGUACAAAUCUUAGAAUUUUAAWGUACUGAUCGGAAGAGGUUUUCAUAACGAACAUAACUCAUUUGCUCUUAGAUUGGCUUUCGUUAACCCUUCAAAUCCAUUUAAGCGUACUACAUUUUGCUACUCUUGGGCGCUUUAUCCUUAUUUGUAUUUUCACACUUUGAUAUGAUUACACUUAGACUAUUACACUUUGCUUCUCGGAUUAAUGAAAACCACCCUCUUCACUUUUCUCCGUUAUGUCCAAUUUUGGCUUAGUCUCUCAUGCAAAAAUGUAUUACCUGAAAAUGAACAGACAUGGAAUUUCACUUCCUCUUAUGACGUCAUGUUCUAUUUUCGAUAGGAAUCAUGGUAUUGAUGUACGAAAACAAUUUUGUUAGAAUGCCUCUUAUGUGGUCAAUAGCUAUUAUGUGCGGUGAAUAURUUUUGUGGUAGAGUAUGAAACAUAUCUGCUAGACACAUGAAAAAUGAUUUCCAUGGUUACCUUACUAAUUGGAAUUAAUUGACUGGUUUUGACCAAAUAGUGGUUAAAACAGCCAAUAUCGUUUGCCUGCAAACAUCUGUAUUGGCUGUAAUUUAGCCAAGCACGUUUWACAGUGUACCCAAAGACCUGUCAUAGUACGAAUUCUCAUUUGUGUUUGUUACGCAGUCUGAAAUGUAAGAAUUUGACAUCAGYAUGUACGGGUAUCUUGAUUCCAUUGCAUACUGCAGCUCACAGAUCAUCGUAGACWUGACGUCGUAAUUGGGGUAGUCAUUGGAAUUUCAUAUCUGAUCCAUUCUGUGGUGUGUCUUGCCUCAUAACCUUUGUCAUUUUAUGCUUUUAUGAAAACCUCAAAUAGCCUAUUCGUGUUUGAGCUAGCUAGGUAUAAUAGACAGUUAAGGGCUUAUUAUCAAUAUGGCCGUCAUCUGCGCGCGCCAUUUGAUGAGCAUAGCUGAGACAAAGGAAAUUUUGCUAAAUAGAACUGUAYGAAAGUAACACUUAAAAACAUGCUUCAAACUGAUUUGAUUCACUGCAUUCAAAUUAUUUAGCUUUCAGAUGUAACGUUUCUCACAAUUUGAAAAUUUUAAAUUCGUAUUUCCGUCAAAGCUGCCGGGCGCUUAUAAAUCAUCUUAUUUCCAUUUAUUAUGUGCAUCCUGGAGUAGCCAGCUUCGUGGACUGUUUCUUUGGCGAGCUCAAAAAUGUUUGUAGACAAUAAAAAAAAUAWUGAGUUCGCCAGAAAUAAACGGUCUGUGAGGGAGGUUCAUCAUGGACACCCCAUAGUCUCYUGAAAAAAGAAAUACAUGCAAUAAUGUCGCCUGCAUUGAUGAUUAGGUCAAAUGAAAGGUGAUUGUGUUCUGUGCCUACACAACUUUAUUACACUGUCAGAAUCCACAAAAAUAUCAAAAUAUUUUAAAUAUAGAAAUCCAUCUAAUUCAGAAACGGUGGAUGAGGCUGGGGAUCGACUUGUUUCUAAAAUUAAUAACACAAUCUAGAUAGAUCACACCAAAGUUGGGUAAUUUUUUGGCGCAGUUUGUAUAUGAAAAACCAGAAUGAUUUUUUUUUAUUACACUGAAAAUAAUAAAAACUAGUCCCGAUCCCAUCCCUCUUCUUGUUUAGGAAAUGACCAAUUCYAGAGCAAGUUUAGCAAAGGCUUAAAUAUUAAUKGUAGUUUAGGUAUGAUGCUUAACGUUAUAAAAGGUGAUCGACUAACCAGUUUAAGAUCCGCUCCGUCCAAAUAUUUCUACAUUAUAUAUCGGUWUAUUUUAAUACUCCAGUCUCGAAUUCUCCAAUGCUCUGUGUUAGCCUCAUUUGUUCGCAAAAUAUUCCUUAUUGUGAGCGUGGAAGUGUGAGAUUUCAAAUCAAAUGUAUGUUCUUUCUUCACAAAUUCCAUGCGUUUUAUCGAGCUAUCAAUGAAACAAAAGAAUAUGUUACUUGGUUCUGAGGCUARCACAGAGCAAACCAGAACUCGAAAUUGGAGCAUUGACUGGCAGUAUUGGAAAUGAGAUCAACUCCAGCGAAAUCACCUUGAAAAUUAAUCAGAGUGGAUGGUUAGCAAGAAGCUUCAGACAUCUCAUAUUUAACUGAUUUUGCUSAGACUAGUUCAAGAAACGUCUAAUAAAUACGAUAAAAUUAAACAUAAAAUUACUUUUA